CCCCGACCGAACCCUUCCUACGUCACUCCUCACCACCGCAACCUUCAGCUUUCAAACACCACCCGAAAAGAAUCGUCAACAUGGGCGCAAUUGGCAACUUGAUCCCUCUGUGUAUCCUCUUCCUCUUCGUCGGAGGAGCUGGCUGGAUCGGAUACCAGAUCUACCUAUACACCAACGAACUCGCCGAUCGCGGCAAGAACAAGCUCGAGCGAAAGAACGUCGUCUUCACAAAGGACGGAGCCCGCGUGGGCGUCAAAGAGAUGAGCGCCGAGAAGUACGCCGACAAGACUCAGCGGGCGUUCGUCAAGACGUGGAAUGCCGCCCAAGACGGCACUGGCUCGAAUAAAUCGUGAGUUAUCUUCCUCCGCCUUUCGCUGUCGCAUUCGCUUGAUAUUCUUUCUUCGGAUUCAUGGGUUGUGCGCGGGAGUACACACUAUAGGAACAAUCGACUAAUUCGUUGCCCUUUUUAGGAGUCCUGCCAACUCGCGCACUUCUUCAUUCGCUACCGGCUCCCGCUCUUCUUCGUGGACGAGCCCGAGGCCGUCUGCUUCGCGAUCCGCUUCUACCAAGUAAAUUCGACGUGUUGGGAUGGCUGGAUAUAUACAAUUUGUGAUGUAUGGGUCGCGGGGGCUUUGUAUGUGUCAGGCACAAGUCGAUCGGCCCAGCGUAUAUAACAAUUAUCUUCCAUUCGAUCUGCUCGGCUCGGGGAGCAUUGUGAGCCUUUGACUCGAUGAAACCCACAAAAGCGAAAGGAUUGGAUAAGGCCAUGAAAACCCUCAUACUCCAGCCAGCAGUUGUCCCCCA